AAGUCCGCAGGCGCCAUGGCCCGCGGGGCCUGCGUCCCCUGGGCGUCGUCGGGGGCCCGCACGCAGGCCGUUUGGCUGGGGGCUGUGCUGGGCACCCUGUGCCUGCUGCCGGCGCUCGUGCUGCUGGUCCGGCUGGGGGCACCGGCCGCUCGGCCCGCCGCGAGCGCAGCGCAGGGAGACGCCACGCCCCACCCUGCCGGUGUCCUCACCACCCCGGGGCCCGGCCCGCUGGCCCCCCAGGCGCCCCGCAGACGCCGCUACACGCUGACCCCAGCCAGGCUGCGCUGGGACCACUUCAACCUCACAUACAGAAUCCUCUCCUUCCCGCGGAACCUGCUGAGCCCCAGCGAGACCCGGCGGGGCCUGGCCGCCGCCUUCCGCAUGUGGAGUGACGUGUCCCCCUUCAGCUUCCGCGAGGUGGCCCCGGAGCAGUCCAGUGACCUCCGAAUAGGCUUCUACCCGGUGAACCACACGGACUGCCUGGUGUCCGCACUGCACCACUGCUUCGACGGCCCCACGGGCGAGCUGGCCCACGCCUUCUUCCCCCCGCACGGCGGCAUCCACUUCGACGACAGCGAGUACUGGGUCCUGGGCCCCACGCGUUACAGCUGGAAGAAAGGCGUGUGGCUCACCGACCUGGUGCACGUGGCGGCCCACGAGAUCGGCCACGCGCUGGGCCUGAUGCACUCGCAGCACGGCCGGGCGCUCAUGCACCUCAACGCCACGCUCCGCGGCUGGAAGGCGCUGUCGCAGGACGAGCUGUGGGGGCUGCACCGGCUGUACGGCUGCCUGGACCGGCUGUUCGUGUGCGCGUCCUGGGCGCGGAGGGGUUUCUGCGACGCCCGGCGGAGGCUCAUGAAGAGGCUGUGCCCCAGCAGCUGCGACUUCUGCUACGAGUUUCCCUUUCCCACGGUGGCCGCCACCGCGCCGCCCCCCAGGACCAAAACCAGGCUGGUGUCGGAGGGCAGGAACGUGACCUUCCGCUGCGGCCGGAAGCUGCUCCACAAGAAAGGCAAAGUGCACUGGUACAAGGACCAGGAGCCGCUGGAGUUCUCCUACCCCGGCUACCUGGCGCUGGGCGAGGCGCACCUGAGCAUCAUCGCCAACGCCAUCAACGAGGGCACGUACACGUGCGUGGUGCGCCGGCGGCAGCGCGUGCUCAGCACCUUCUCCUGGCGGGUCCGCGUGCGCAGCUGAGUGUGGGCCGCGGGCCGCUGAUAAAGCGCUUUGUCUCU